AUGCCAAAGACCCAGUUCGACUACGCAUGCAUGCUAAUCUGCUCGUCGGACCUAAAGAACAUCCAGCUUGCCUCAUCCCUGCUGCAUGAGUUGCUACUGAUCAACUACAACCGAAUCGAUUGCCUGUACCAGCUAGCCAUCGCGCACAUCAAAUUGCGGGACUAUAAAAAGGCGAAGAACUACCUAAACGCGUUACUCAAAAUCGAUGCCAGAAAUAGCAAUGCGCUGGCCCUGAAAAGCCUUCUCUUCGACUUAAUCUCGUCGGAUGGACUGAUCGGCGCACUGCUCGUGGCCCUCACCGCCUGCGGCAUUUACUUGUCCUUCAAAUCGUUUAAAUUUUUUUAA